UCCCUAAGCUGUUGACGGCAAUGUAUUAGCGGAGGAAUCUUGGUACAUUUUAUGCAUAUCAUCCUAAUUAUUAGUACUUUUUUUAAAUCUGAACAAGUACUGAAUGACGUAAAAAACUAACAAUCCGCAAACGUUUUUUAUAUAUUAGAAAUUAUGUGUGAUAGCAACGUUGUGACAUUUGAAAUAAAGGUACACCCAAUCCAUUUGUAGAUACACCUUAUAAAUAUGUCCAAGUUUCCGAUUGGAUGGGAUUGAAAUACGUGUGGAAUAUGGUAGUAACUGAUACAAUGACACCUAAUGAAGUAAGACAAUGUUUUUGAUUGGAUAGAAAUGAACUUUGAUUUAAAUAGGACAUUUGACGUUUCUUUGGGAAAAAUGCUGAUAUAACAUAUUUGCUUUGUCCGUUGACGAUUUAAGUUUGAACAUGUUUUCCUAGAGACAGGCAUGAAAACGGUAGUUGUUGUUUGCUACUGUUUUGAAAAAAAGCGACCCAUGGAAACCCCUGGAGUCCAUGGUAUAAAAAUGCUAGACGUCCAUAAACAUCACAGCACCUGAGGAAGUCGGCCUAUAGGUUGUUAAGUUACUUUAAUAACAAAAAUGCAGAUGACCUGGAAUCUGAUUGGUUUGUUGGUAUUCGCCACUCUUUUUAAUACCGGAGAGUGUGCAAUUACUGAUUGGACAUUACCAAGUAUUGCUACCGCUGAUGGGGGUAGUGGCACUUUGACUGCAAAAAUUGACCAUGGCUUAACUGCUGGCGAUGCUACUGGUAUUACCAUAACGGCUACAUCAGAUGACGGAGGUGGUGUUUCAUCUUACACGAAAGAUUCGCAAACUCCAAGCGAUGUAGUGUUUGCCAUUGACAACUCUGGUGUUGUUACAAUUACAUCCGGCACAGUGGCCUACGCAACUACGGCUGUUUACACAUUCGUCAUUUCAGCUAACGAUGCAGGUGGAACUGCCUCGUCUGCGACUGUGACACUCUCCGUAAACGACCUUCCAGCGUUCUCCGCAACUCAGUAUAGCCUCACAAUCGACGAUGCAACGGCUUCAGGUACUACAUUGACAACCUUAACGGCUACAGACGAUGUAAACGGUGGAAGUUUGACAUAUUCAUUUGCAAGUGGAAACACCAACACUGAUUGGGCAAUUAGCAGCGCUGGUGUAAUUACUACAGCAAAUACAUUAGCGGCUUCUACAACCGGAGGAUAUUCCCUGGUUCUCAACGCUGCAGACAGUUCUCUGACUGGAAGUGCAACGGUUUGGAUCGUUGUUACUUCAUGUAGCGGAGCAACCGCAGUCUUGGCUGGCUUCAUGACAUUGUUGAUGGCUUUAAUAGCGCAUAUGUAUUAACUGAUGAUGCAUUUCAAAAUGCCAUUAUUGCUACCGCUCCUUCAUCUUUUCAAAGUGGAAACUGUAUAAUUAAUAUCUAAAAUAUUUACUAAACGUGUAAGAACACUCUUGAUUUAGUAAAUAUAAUUAAUUAUGACUCCUUAUAUAAAUCACAGGUCCAUAGUGUGUGCAACUGGUGGAUCUAAAGUUCAACAAUAGACUUUGCUCGGCUAAAGUCAAAACUAGAAGAAUGAAAUACUAAAAUAUAUUUCUGACGUCGUUUAAUAGAACGCUUAUUAAAUUGCUCCGGAACUGGCAUCAUUUUUGACUUCAGACACAAGAAAGCCCUGAAAUAAAUUCAUAUCAUUGCAAUAGAAACAAGAAUACUGCAACAUUCCGAAAAUUGUUUCUAUCACUGUCUUAAAAGCAAAUGCAAAUGUCGGUAAAAGGUAAUGAAGUUGAGCGAAGCAUUUUGUCAUUGUAACAAUAUUGACCAUGUACGAAAUGAGUUAUUUAUUUUUUUAUCAAACAGCAGUCAUUUAUACUCACCGGACAUCUAGAAAGAUCUUACAAUCAUGUAAACGAUGUGAUAAUUGAUAACUUUAACAGACCUGGUGUCACCUAUUAAUGCAGUGCUAUUUUAUGUAGAAUGUUUAAUAUAUUGAACAAUGAAAUAAUGCAUCAAUGUACGAAAGCUGGAACCAAUUAGUAAAAUAAUUACAACAUUCCAUCGUUGUAUUAUUUAGAUUUCAUCUAUACAAUAGUUAGAUUUCAUCUAUACAAACUUUCUAACUGAAUCAAUCAGUAGGUGAUGACUACCUAUUUUGUAACUUCACAUGUAUUGUUUUGUACUUUUCUAACUUGACUUUUCCUCAGAAUGGUUCAUUAAUGAAAUGGAAUGUCCCAUUGAAAUAUGAAUCUUUCAAAAUUUUUACUUGCUUAAAUUAUUUUUGUGUGUAUUUACUCAAUAUCCGACUAACUCAAAAUAAAUAUUUAAAAUGACAGCGAAUAAAUAAACUUUUGCAAUAUCAAGUUAUUAAGUUUCUCAAAUUUGAACUUUCAGUCAUUUGUUUUGCGCUUACAUCAGAAAGAUAGACAUUCUUGAAAUAGUGUUUACUUAUACAAAUAGCAAUGGUGCUGAGAUCAAUUGUGGACAUUAUGUACGCAUAUUUAUAUUCCCAUCAAAAGGAAUCUGCUUUGUUUGUAUCUUUCUUUCUAUGCCUUACUUUGCACUUGUAAUUUUCUUCGUUUUUUUCAAUAAACAUCUUCUAAAACCA